GCUUCUCCCCAGACGAUUUUCUCUUCCUCUCAUCAGAUAGACCUUCCUCUCACUGAUCUCUGUUCUCCAAUUAAGCCAGAUACCCAUUUAUCCUUUAGUUGCCCAUCAUGUCUUCCACUCUCUUCUCCACCAUCACCACCCCCACGCUCAAGUAUGAGCAGCCCACUGGACUGUUCAUCAAUGGCGAGUUCGUCAAGGGCGUCGAGAACAAGACCUUUGAGACCAUCAACCCCCACGACGAGAAGCCCAUCAUCUCCGUCCACGAGGCUACCGAGAAGGAUGUCGAUAUUGCUGUCGCCGCUGCUCGCAAGGCCUUCGAGACCACAUGGAAGCAGACCACCCCUACGGACCGUGGUCGCCUACUGACCAAGCUGGCCGACCUGAUCGAACGCGAUGCGGAUAUCCUCGCAGCUAUCGAGUCGCUGGACAACGGCAAGUCUCUCUUCUUCGCAAAGCUCGACGUCGCCAACUCCGCAGCAUGCAUUCGGUACUACGGUGGAUGGGCAGACAAGAUCGUGGGUCAGACGAUUGACACAGACCCUGAGAACUUGACCUACACCAAGCACGAGGCCAUUGGUGUCUGUGGUCAGAUUAUCCCUUGGAACUUCCCCCUGAUGAUGUGGGCUUGGAAGAUCGGCCCUGCUAUCGCAGCUGGAAACACGGUUGUGAUCAAGACUGCUGAGCAGACUCCUCUAUCCGGACUCUACGCUGCCAAGCUCGUCCAGGAGGCUGGAUUCCCCCCUGGUGUUGUUAACGUCAUCUCUGGCUUUGGUCGCAUUGCGGGUUCUGCCAUCUCUGCCCAUAUGGGCAUCGACAAGAUCGCCUUCACUGGUUCGACCGCCGUUGGCCGUACCAUCCUCCAGGCCGCAGCUAAGAGUAACCUGAAGAAGGUCACUCUGGAGCUGGGAGGCAAGUCUCCCAACAUCGUCUUCAACGACGCCGAUAUUGAUAACGCCAUUUCUUGGGCCAACUUCGGUAUCUUCUUCAACCACGGCCAGUGCUGCUGUGCCGGUUCCCGCCUCCUCGUCCAGGAGGGCAUCUACGACCAGUUCGUCCAGCGCUUCAAGGAGCGCGCAUCCGCCAACAAGGUCGGCAACCCGUUCGACAAGGACACCUUCCAGGGUCCCCAGGUGUCCAAGCUCCAGUUCGACCGUAUCAUGGGCUACAUUGAUGAGGGCAAGAAGGCUGGUGCCAAGGUUCUCGUCGGCGGUGAGCGCCACGGCAACGAGGGCUACUACAUCCAGCCUACCGCCUUUAUCGAUGUCACCCAGGACAUGAAGAUCGUUCAGGAGGAGAUCUUCGGCCCCGUCGUUGCUAUCCAGAAGUUCAAGACCGAGGAAGAAGCCAUCAAGAUUGGUAACGACACUAACUACGGUCUCGCGGCCGCCAUCCACACCAGCAACAUCAACACUGCCAUCCGUGUUUCCAACGAGCUCCGUGCUGGAACCGUCUGGGUCAACAACUACAACAUGCUCCACCACCAGGUUCCCUUCGGUGGUUACAAGGAGUCUGGCCUGGGCCGCGAGCUGGGCUCGUAUGCCCUGGAGAACUACACCCAGAUCAAGACUGUCCGCAUCCGUCUUGCCGAUGCUAUUUUCGGAUAAAUGCAGCAUCAAAAUACGUAAUUGUUCUGUCUGUUUGCCGGGAUUGUGAGUCGUUUUCUGACUCUCUCGCUAUAUAUAUAUACCAUGUUGUUCGGCAAAAGAACAGCAGGCCUGUCCAGUAUACGAGCCAUGAAACUAGCGUGAAAUGAAAUUCUAUGUAACAACUUCAUUUAUUU